AUGGGACACGAACCGAAUAAACCCGAGAUCGAACCUAAUACACUGGAAAGACUGACGAAACUAGUGGAAUUUACCAAGAAGAAAGAUCUCCCACUCGUGAUGGGCGCUGACAGUAAUGGCCAUCAUAUUCUAUGGAACAGCUUCAGAAAGAACAAUAAUAGAGGAAUACUAAUAGCCCAAAUGAUGGAGAAACUUGACCUAACCGUAGCGAACAAAGGGAAAAAUCCUACUUUCCUGAACAGCAGAGGACACAAAAGUAUAAUCGAUAUAACCUUGACCAACAAAAAAGGCGGCGACCUCAUCUCUAACUGGAAAACUUCAACGGAGACCUCACUCUCUGACCACAAAAUUAUCAGCUUUAAUAUCAACCUCGGGAACACAUGGGAGUCGUACUCCCGCAAUCACAAGGACAUGGACGCCGAGGCCUUCAGCAAGGCUGUGAACAGGAAGAUGAUAACGAAACCGUUCAGAGCCAUGAUCGGGAAAUUCAAGAAAUCGAAUAUCAAUACUUGUAUGACUUACAUCAACAAAACCCUCACAGAAGCCCUGGAUGAGGUGUGCCCAGUAGUCAAAGUCAACCACAAGUCUAAAACUCCCUGGACACACAACCUGAACAUUCUGAAAAAGAGUGCUUAA